AUUGUCAUGACUGUAAGCUACACUGCAGAAGUUGCAACUUGCAAGAAAUUCGGAUGCUUUAUAAAGCUGCUGGCAAGAUGGAGAGGAAGCAUUUACAAAUUAGUGUGGAUGGAUCUGCUUCUCUUUCUCUUCCUUUACUACGCCAUCAAUCUGAUAUAUAUCUAUGUAUUGGACAGGGACUCGCAAAAGACCUUUGAAAGUGUGGUGUAUUAUUGUGCCAGCUAUAGCAGUUUUAUACCGCUCUCCUUUGUUUUGGGUUUCUAUGUGAAUUUGGUGAUGACCCGGUGGUGGGAGCAGUAUAUAACAAUCCCUUGGCCGGAUUCUGUGGCCGUAUAUGUCAGUGCUCAUGUCCAUGGCCAGGAUGAAAGAGGUCGUGUUAUGCGCCGCACAGUAAUGCGUUAUGUGUGCUUAUGUCUGACUAUCGUGUUUUCGAUGAUUUCGCCGGGCGUAAAGAAACGUUUUCCCAAACUGAAACAUUUGGUGGAGGCCGGCCUGCUCUUGGAGAAUGAGAAGAAAAUCAUUGAAGCUAUGGAUAGUGCUUUCCCGAAGUACCCCAAACAUUGGAUGCCCAUUAUAUGGGCGGCCAGUAUUAUCACCAGGGCUCGCAACGAGGGUUUAAUAAGGGAUGACUUUGCCGUCAAGACUAUUAUAGAUGAAUUGAAUAAUUUUCGUGGCCGGUGCGGUACAUUAAUGUACUACGAUUUUAUCAAUAUCCCCUUGGUCUACACUCAGGUCGUAACAAUAGCGGUCUACUCCUUUUUUGUGUGCAGCCUUUUAGCUCACCAAUGGACUGAGUUCAAGAAGAACACCUACGAGGGUUUAGAUUUUUAUAUGCCGCUCUUUAUAACUUUACAGUUCUUCUUCUAUAUGGGCUGGUUGAAAGUGGCCGAGACAUUAAUAAAUCCCUUCGGGGAAGAUGACGAUGAUUUUGAAAUUAAUUGGAUGAUUGAUCGCAAUCUACAAGUGUCCUAUUUAAUUGUGGAUGAGAUGCACCACGAACACCCCGAAUUGGUGAAGGAUCAAUACUGGGAUGAAGUCUAUCCUAAUGAACUGCCUUACGAAUCGGAAUCUAAACGAGAACAACACCCCCAGCAUUCCACAGCUAAAUAUGAUGUAGAUGAAGAAUCGUCACUAAAUACUGAUAGCAAACACACUCCCAUCGAACAACCGGAAUCUCUUAGCAUUAUUGGAGGGGAACUUGUCAAUACAACACUGCAGAAAUUAUCCAAGGGUUCACAGUCAUCAGAAGAACAUUUACUAAACCAAAAUUCUUCUUCGGAUGUAGAGAGUGUACAGAAAAUAAUUUCAUACAGAUCUUCGGAGUUUUCAGAAAACAUUCUAUGGAAUAGGGAUGAAAGCGAGGGCAAGUCAAAAAUAAAUAUAGAAACUGUUUCCGUAGAGUCUAAGCAAGACAGACAACACGAACAAAUUAAUUCCUCAGAGGUGCAGCAAGUAGAGGAAACCCAGAACACUUCUGAAAGUGAUUCUGAGGUCGAUCUCUUUGAGCGGUUACGCCUCGAACGUCAACGGCAACGCACACAAAGAAUGCAUGAUUUUCUAGAGCGCUAUUUUGGUUCACAGUUUAAAAUUGAAAUGCCAAAAGUUUCCCAAGAAAGUACAGCCAACAUGAAAAUGUCCUAUCACACUACCAUUGAAUGA